UUUUUAUAUAUUUUCAAUUUCCAUCUCUGUUUUCUUGUGCUUUGGAGCAUUUUAGGUUCAGUAGCAGUAGAAUUUCUCUCUUUCUUCUUCCCAAAAAACAAUUCUUAUCCCAUCCUACCUUUUUCAUCUUGUUUUCAUUGCUGUAAUGAUGCUCUCAACUGGUUGAUUCUGUGGCCCUUCUCCCUUUUCCUAUCAUUUUUUAUCAAUACCUUUUUUUAUUUUCUGGGAUUUGAAAAUAACUUUGAUGUUUGUGACGCUUCUAGUUCAAGCAAAAUUGAUUCGUUUCCUCAAUACCCAUUAAAAUACUAUCACAACUUUUUUCAUUUUCUUGCUGCUUAUAUUUUUCAAGCUAACCACAAAAAAAACUUAGAACCCACUAAAUUUUCAUACCCAAAUCACAUCAAAUUCAUUAUAGUUGAAGUGGGUUUUUUAAAUUCAAUGCAAAAAUGGCAGAAGUUGCAAGUUCUGGGUCAUGGAGAGAAGAACUAGCUAGCUUAGUUGAUGAUGGUAUUAGGUAUAGUACUAAUGAAGAUCCAUUUGUUGCAACACCGUCUCUUAUAGAUGAUCCAAUACAAACAACCCACUUCAAUUUUGAAGCUCAUUUUGAAGGAGAAAGGAAGCAAGAUGAAGAGAAUUUGAAGGAUCAAAUCAAAGGAUUUGCUAAAGCUUGGGGAGAAUUAUUAUUGGAUCUUUCUAGAGGGUGUAAAGAUAUUGUACAACAGAAUCUAGUUGCUGAGGAUUCUUAUGUUGUUCAACAUUUUGGACCUCCUUUGGCUAAGAUUUCCAAGAGAUUAAGCUUUUUAAAUGAGUAUUUGCCUGAGGAUCGUGAACCUAUUCAUGCUUGGCCUGUCAUCUUUUUCGUUUUUCUUUUCGCGUUUACAGUACUCAAUGUAAAUAAUGCUGAGUAUAACCCAACUCCAAUAGUGAAAAAAAUGCUUUUACAUCCACCUAGUGCUAGCACUAUACUACUUCCUGAUGGUCGACAAAUAGCAUAUCUUGAACAAGGCGUGCCAGGCAACAGAGCUAGGUUUACACUGAUAUCCCCCCAUGCUUUUCUUUCUUCCAGACUUUCAGGUAUACCUGGAAUCAAGUCCUCCCUACUGGAAGAAUUUGGUGUUCGUUUGAUAACAUAUGAUCUUCCUGGUUUUGGUGAGAGUGACCCGCAUCCUUCAAGAGACCUCAAUUCAUCAGCCAUGGAUGUGCAGCACCUGGCUGAUGCUUUGGGUGUGAAUCAAAAGUUUUGGGUGUUUGGAUAUUCUAGUGCUACAAUGCAUGCUUGGGCCACAAUCAAGUAUAUUUCUGGCAGAGUUGCGGGUGCGGCUUUUGUUGCUCCGUUGAUCAAUCCUUAUGAAUCCAGUAUGACAAAGGAAGAGACAAGAAAUACAUGGGAAAGGUGGGAGCAAAGGAGGAAAUUGAUGUUUUCCACAGCCAAAAGGUUCCCUAGUUUCCUUUCGUAUUUUUACCGGCGAAGCUUCUUCUCUGGAAAGCAUGGCAAUCUUGAGAAGUGGUUCUCCCUGAAUCUUGGUCAAAAAGAUAAAGCUCUGAUUGAAAACGAGACUUUUGAAAAUUUUUGGCAAAGAGAUGUGGAAGAGUCUGUCAGACAAGGGCGAAUGAAGUCGUUUAUUGAGGAAGCCGUAUUACUAGUCUCAGACUGGGGUUUUAGUCUAGCAGAUUUACAGAUAAGGAGGAGGUGCGCAGGUCAGGGCGUUCUUUCGUGGCUCAAGUCGAUUUACAGACAAGCAGAAUGUGAAUUAACCGGAUUUUCUGGACCAAUACACAUAUGGCAGGGUUUGGAUGAUCAUGUCGUACCACCAUCAAUGGCCAAGUAUAUUCGCCGCGUCCUACCAGGCACAACCUUGCAUCUACUUCCAAAUGAAGGUCACUUCUCCUACUUAUACUUUUGUGAUGAGUGUCACAGAGAGAUAUUUUCGAAACUUUUCGGAGAUCCGUUGGGUCCAUACUAUUAUACCACAGAUCAUACAAAGGACAACGAUCAGUCUUCAAUUAACAAACCAGUUUCCGAAGAAGACGCAUCUAGUGCUGAUGUCGCACAAACAUGAAAUUUUAUACCAUUUUUUUCACUCGACCUUUUGUUGACGACACAGGAAAUUUUACUGGUCAGCCUAUUGUAAAUACGUUCAACUUUGGUUCAGUGCCGUCUGAAGUAAGGAAAAAUAAGGUUAAAUUAGCACCCUCAUUAGAAUUUACUGCUAUCUUUGUUCAGGGAUGGAUGAAUUUUGGUUCAGGUUGAAAAUAAAUGUAGUAGUUUUUACUUUUUGACAAUCUGGGUAGUGUUUCUUUGGUCAUAUGAUUCCUGUUACAAACAUUAGCGCUUGAAUUUUCGAGGAUAUACGAUGAAAAAUGUUCGAUGUUAAGGUGAUAUCAGUGAUAGUUUUUUGUUUUAUGUAGAUGUGAACAAAUUGGUGACAUUUUUUGUAUUUUGGAGUAUUACUUCAAAUAUAGUAUAAAAUAGUUGAUUACCAAAGAAAAAAUGUUCUUUAGCUUCAUUAAUUUUUUAAGCCAAGUAAUGGGUCCCCCCCCUGCUCUGGCC